AUGCCAAACCCUACAGAAGAUAGUUGGAAAAAAAUUGCCGAAGAAUUUUGGAAUGUUUGGAAUUUUCCUAACUGCAUUGGCGCUCUCGACGGCAAACAUGUAGUUAUCCAAGCUCCCGCAGACAGUGGCUCUCAGUUUUUUAAUUAUAAGAAAACUUUUUCUAUUGUCCUUCUCGCAUUAGUGGAUGCACAUUAUACAUUCAUUGCAGUAGAUAUAGGUGGAUACGGAAGGAAUAGCGAUGGAGGUCUAUUUGCUAACUCUAACUUGGGCAGAGCUCUUGAAAAAAAUAAAUUAAAUGUUCCAAUAGAUACUGAGCUGCCUAAUACAAGUACAAGUAUGCCUUUUGUCAUCGUUGGUGAUGAGGCGUUUCCCUUAAAAAGAUAUUUAUUGAGACCAUAUCCUGGUUCGCAAAUUCAAGACGAUAGGUCUAAAAGAAUUUUCAAUUACCGCCUUUCACGAGCGCGACGAGUUUCGGAAAAUGCGUUUGGAAUCCUGAGUCAAAAAUUUCAGCUUUAUAAUCGAAGAUUAAAGUUAAAGCCAGAAAAUGCAGAUAAGGUCAUUUUGGCAACGUGUAUUUUGCACAAUUACCUACGAGACUGCAGCAAUAUUCCAGAUUUUGAGAAUAAUCCCAACACUGGCAUUAAUUUGCAAAAUAUACCACGGCAAGGGGGAAGUGCUGUGAAUACUGCAUUUACUAUUCGCGAUAGAUUUAGGGAAUUUUUUACGUCUGAGCACGGGCGUGUUGAAUGGCAAGAUACAAUAGAUUAG